AUGCUAGAGCCACGUGCGGACCACACGGCGGUUGCGUUUGGAGACAACAUUUUCAUUGCUGGGGGCAGAAAUAAACAGGCGUACAUUGGGGAAGAGCCGAAGUAUUUGAACACCAUCGAUGUCUUCACACUGCCGGACAGUGAGCGACCGUUGGGACAGUGGACGCGCCUCGCUAACUGGGACACGGGUAGGCGACCAGCUGCUCUCGUCGUUUGUCAGAGCAGACUCUUUUCUUUUGGUAAGUCUUGCCUCCUGCCAUUAGUAGAUUUCGCUGUGCUCAAGGGUGCGACCAACUUAUUUCCAGAAUCAGAGACGCACAAAUUCAUGGAUUUCCUCUGUUCCUAA